GUAAAAAAAUCAGAUUAAAAAAAGAAAAAGAAAAAUGGCGGGAGAUGAAGAUACCGUGGCUAUGGCAGAAGCAUGGAAUCAUGGCUUCGGCUUCAUCAAAACCAGCAUAGUGAAGACUGCGGUAGAGCUCGAGAUACCCGACAUCCUACAAAACCAUGGAGCUCCGAUCUCCCUACAGGAUCUCUCCUCCGCCGUCAGAUGCCCCGCCGACCGCCUUCACCGCGUCAUGAGAUUCCUGGCCCACCACGGCAUCUUCAAGAAAACCCUAAACCUGGGCAGCCCGGUUUGCUACGCUCAAACCCCCAUCUCGCGCAGCCUCACCAGGGACAAGUUGGGGCCCUUCGUGCUUCUCCAGGGCGCCAUCCGUGGGCCCAACGGGUGCAUCACGGCCGAGACCCUAAGGACCGCCAAACGGCCCGGGGUGGAACUUGCCGGGUCGGAUGGCUUGUACGAGGAUCCCGUUUUCUACACGAAGGUAUUUAGGGAUGCGAUGGCGAGCCAUGCUCGGCUGACUACGUCCGCGCUCAUCGAGAACUAUCGCGAGGGUCUUGACGGAGUCCGGUCGUUGGUUGAUGUCGGUGGUUCCCAAGGAAUGUCCCUUGGGAUGUUGGUGAAGGCCUUUCCACAGCUUCGGGGGAUCUGCCUUGAUCUCCCCGAAGUCGUGGCCAGGGCUUCCCCCCUUGAAAGGGUCGAGUUCGUAGCCGGGAGCAUGUUCGAGAGUGUGCCCAAAGCCGAUGUUGUCAUGCUCAUGUUUGUAUUGCACAAUUGGAGCGACAAGGAGUGCGUGGAGAUUCUCAAGAGAUGUAAGGAAGCCGUCCCGGCUGGCACCGGGAAGGUGAUAAUCGUAGAUGCUAUACUUGAUGAAGAGGGCGGAGGUGACAAGCUCACCGGGGCUCGUCUAGGGUUGGAUGUUACGAUGAUGGCAGUGACGUUCGAGGGGAAGGAGAGGACAUACGAUGAAUGGGCAUAUAUAUUAAACGAGGCUGGCUUUCGAAAACAUGUUGUUAAAAAUAUUAAAGCUUUAGAAUUCGUCAUCGAGGCUUAUCCCUAAUCCUAUCACUUGCUUAAAAUUUGAACAAUUAAGUUGUGGAAUAAUGGGGUAGAAUUGAAUUAAUUUCCUCUAAUCGAAAUAAUUAUUCGUUUUGUAACUAUGGCAUCAUGUCAUAUUAUUUUAACAAUAAUUCAUGUACUUUU